UAUAUUGAGUUUGACUGAACCUCAACAUAGCAAUAGAUAAUCAAUCUGUUGUGUGUUGCUCAAAAAUGGUGGAUGGAAGUAAAGCUGUUAAAGAUAUGAGUCGCACCGCUUCCCUUUGCAUGCAAUGGAAUGAGUCGAUUAAAAACUGGAAUAACGUCUCUGUCAGAAUGUUCUUGGCCAACCAGGCGUGGCGAAGGGGCAGUUACCGCAGAUCUUUGACGAUGCACGCGGCUCCGCCAAUGACGCGCCAAUUUUUGUGUCGUGUUGGAGACUUGGGUCCCAAAGGGAGCGGAGUGGCGGUCGAUAUCGUGUCACAUUCAUUUGCCAAUUUACGGUCGACUAAUGGCAAUAAUGAAUGCAUUUUAUAGUCCCAUCCAUAAUGCUGCUGCUGCGACACAAUCAAAAACACACCGAGAAUUACACAAAUCGUGCAAUUUCUGUGUGGCAGGAAAAAAACAGAAACAGAAAAAAAAACAAAAACAAAUACUUAUUAAUUUGACGGUAAAUUAAUAACAGCCCACUGAAUCACACAAAUGGUCUAAAGAUCGCCCGCUCUCGACUGAAAAUGGAGGCGAUGGUCAUUUUUUAAUUGGAUUAGAAAUGGUCGCAACUGCAAAACAAGUUCAAAUUCGUUCGAUCAUAAAUUUUGUGUGCAUGAAUUUUGAAGAAUUCGUUUUUUUAAUGGAGCUCGAAAAUGGAAACAAAAUUCGAAAUUGCCGCGAAUUGGAGACGUCAGAGUAAUCCGAGAGCCAAGAACCAACCAAGAGCCGUCGGAGCAGCUUUUCGGCCAUUUGCCAUGCGGCACGGCGUAUGUUUUAUGGCCAUGUUAAUCGGUUUUUAAAGCGAUUA